AUGGAAUCAAAUCACAAAUCCGGGGAUGGAUUGACCGGCACACAGAAAGAAGCUGCCCUCCGUGCGUUAAUUCAGCGAACGGGAUAUAAUUUGAUCCAGGAAAAUGGGCAGAGGAAAUACGGAGGCCCACCACCUGGCUGGGAUGGCCCUCCGCCAGAAAGGGGGUGUGAGAUCUUUAUUGGGAAACUGCCCCGAGACCUCUUUGAAGAUGAACUUAUACCACUGUGUGAAAAAAUUGGCAAAAUUUACGAAAUGAGAAUGAUGAUGGACUUUAAUGGCAACAACAGGGGCUACGCCUUCGUGACCUUCUCGAAUAAACAGGAGGCGAAGAAUGCAAUAAAGCAACUCAAUAAUUAUGAAAUUAGGAAUGGGCGCCUCCUUGGAGUCUGUGCCAGCGUGGACAACUGCCGCCUGUUUGUGGGAGGGAUCCCCAAAACGAAGAAGAGGGAGGAAAUCUUAGCAGAGAUGAAGAAAGUCACGGACGGAGUCGUGGACGUCAUUGUCUACCCUAGCGCAGCCGAUAAAACCAAAAACCGGGGUUUUGCUUUUGUGGAAUAUGAAAGCCAUCGGGCAGCAGCCAUGGCCAGGAGAAAAUUGCUCCCAGGAAGGAUCCAGUUGUGGGGACACCCUAUUGCCGUUGACUGGGCAGAACCAGAAGUGGAGGUGGACGAAGACACCAUGUCGUCAGUGAAAAUCCUCUAUGUGAGGAACCUCAUGCUCUCAACCACUGAAGAGACCAUAGAAAAGGAGUUCAACAACAUCAAACCAGGUGCAGUAGAGAGAGUAAAGAAAAUUAGAGACUAUGCCUUUGUGCACUUUAAUAAAAGAGAAGAUGCGGUUGAAGCUAUGAAAGCCUUGAACGGGAAGGUGCUGGAUGGGUCCCCGAUCGAGGUGACAUUAGCCAAACCCGUCGACAAAGACAGCUACGUCAGAUACACCCGGGGCACAGGCGGCAGAGGUACCAUGCUGCAAGGAGAAUACACCUACGCCUUCGGACACGUGUACGACCCCGCCACUGCCUACCUGGGCGCCCCGGUUUUCUACGCACCCCAAGCCUACACGGCUAUCCCCAACCUCCAUUUCCCUGCCACCAAGGGGCUCAGCAACAGGAGCAUCAUCCGGCCCCCGUCCAUCCGAGAAAUUUACAUGAAUGUACCUGUAGGGGCUGCGGGAGUUAGAGGACUGGGAGGUCGCGGCUACCUGGCGUACACGGGCCUGGGGCGCGGAUACCAGCUCAAAGGAGAAAAGAGGGGAGAGGAUAAACUCUACGACCUCUUGCCAGGAAUGGAGCUCACGCCGAUGAACUACGUCACGCUAAAGCCCCAAGGGAUGAAACUCGCUCCUCAGAUCUUAGAAGAAAUCUGCCAGAAAAACAACUGGGGACAGCCUGUUUACCAGCUCCACUCUGCAAUCGGCCAAGACCAAAGACAGCUCUUCCUGUACAAAAUCACCAUCCCUGCCCUCGCCAGCCAGAACCCCACCAUACAUCCCUUCACACCACCCAAGCUCAGUGCCUAUAUCGAUGAAGCCAAAACCUACGCAGCAGAAUACACCCUUCAGACGCUGGGGAUUCCCACGGAGGGAGCAGAGGUGCCUCCUGCAGCACCGGCUUUUCCAGGAUAUACCAUUGCUAACGCAGCCGCGACCGUCACAGCCACUCAGCUCAAACAAGCAGUGACUAUGGGACAAGACUUAGCGACGUACGCAGCCUACGAAGCCUACCCCACCUUCGCAGUCGCUGCACGCAGCGAUGGCUAUGGAGCAUUUUAA